GAAAAAUAUUCGUCAUGCACGUUGUAUGUUCGAAGCUGACGGGCCUAUAGCUGCGGUAGCAAAAGUAUUAAACUGUCCUGUACUUAGUUUUGACUCUGACUUUUAUAUACACGGAACAUUGUAUAUACCAUUUGACACACUCGGUGAUCAUGUAGUCAGGACUCGAAGAGGCAAAGCGAUGCGUUGUCAAAUUUACAGAUAUGAAUACUUCCUACGUAUUUUCAAAGGACUGACUCAUCAUACAUUGUCUUUAGCUGCAGCGAUACUCGGAAGUGACGUUACAAUAAAACCAGAGAUGUUAAAAAUUUUUUUCUCUAAAUUCGAAGCAUAUGGACCACAAAAAUAUAAGCAAAUCAUGCAACAAACAUUUACUUGGCUCAGCAAACGUACCUUGGACGAAGCUAUUGCUGAAAUCUUAAGUGGAAUACCUAAAUCAAAGAGACAACGAAUGUUAGAUGCAAUAGAAUUACACAUAAAUUACUAUACCUGUAUAAAUCUACCCGAAGCAGUGCUUGCACCAUUGAUUAUUGCUGAAUGCCCUAAUCAUUACAUAACAUCAGCUUACAAAUUUAAUAAAGAUAUUGAAAGUUUACCGUUCAGAGGAAAGUACUCCGAGGAGGACUUUGAAAUAAUUGAUGAAAACAUUAACAAUGAUAUGAUCGUAAUAAGAGAUAUACUUAUAGAACAUACCAAGAUUCAAAAUGGAAAUGAUUUGAUUAUUAACAGGUUACCCAGAUGGUUUGUGGAUGAGAUUGCUAAAGCUGAACUUCCAUCAGUUUUAAUGAACUACAUAGUAAAACACACGA